AUGGCCUUGCGGAGUUCUCGAAGUAGUGCGCGCGCAGUAAUUUCAUCGGUUCCAGCGCUCUGCAAUUCCACACAGCGUACUUACACAGUCCCCCGAAGCAGCGGACGACCUUCGGGUUUUUCACGACCGAUCACAACGACGACACUUUCUGCGGGUCUUCAUCAUACAUGUGCAAUCAAGACAGAUGGACAGCUGGUUUGUUUCGGAGGAAACUCCAGUGGCCAGUGCACCGUCCCAUCCGGUUUGGGCCCUGUGUUGGCCGUCUCGGCCGGCUGUUCUCACACGUGUGCAGUGCGAGCAGAUGGGAGACUUGUUUGCUUCGGAAGGAACUCAGAAGGCCAGUGCAACGUGCCCGAGAGCAUGGGGCCUGUCGCAGCAGUGUCUGCGGGUGGCUAUCACACCUGCGUUGUGGGGACGAACGGUCAGCUGGUCUGUUUCGGCGAGAAUCAUGAUGGAGAGUGCGAAGUGCCAACAGACUUAGGCCCAGUACAUGCGAUGUCAGCGGGGAUGUGCCGGACUUGUGCCACGGGAGCAGAUGGUCGUCUGUUCUGCUUUGGUGAAACCCCUCGUGGCCAGUGUCACGUUCCAAGUGAUUUGGGUCCGAUACGAGAUGUCUCCAUGGGUGCCGGUCAUACGUGCGCUGUGACUGCAGGUGGAAGGCUGGUCUGCUUUGGUUUGAACAAUUAUGGCCAGUGCGCUACCCCAACAGACUUGGGUAUGACCGCGGCAACCUCUGUCGGCAAGUACCACUCCUGCGUUCUCAGUGCUGACGGAAGACUGGUUUGCUUCGGAGAUAACUUCGAGGGCCAGUGCAACGUUCCCUCAGACCUUUAUUAUUCGUUUCUUGCCAUGUCUACAGGUCUUCGCCACACCUGUGCUGUCGCUAUGGAUGGUCAGCUCGUUUGCUUCGGAGAGAAUUACCAGGGCCAGUGUAACGUGCCAUCGGACUUGGGCCCAGUCCUGACAAUGUAG